UAGAAACUGACAAAAUCAAACUAAAAAAGUGAAGGAAAAAACUGCAAGAAAGAAAGGGAAAUUACUCCACAAAUGAAAGGAUCCCGGGCCUCUAAGAUCCAUAGAUGAGUGAGCAUGAUCUUGGGGGAGUAUUUUUAGCCGUGUAUAAGUGGUUAUUGGGAUGUGUUAGUUGGCUGUAUUGUGGUUUAUUCUUAGUGUUUGGUACUUUCGUCUGGCAUAAGUUUUCUGGUAGACGACUUAGACAACGUCCAAAUCGUGAAAUGGCGAGUAAAGCUUCUUCUAAGACGCCAGCAAAGGCGGAUGAAAGUCUCCAGAAUCUUCCAUCACCUGUUAGAGAUGUUAGGGUUCAUCAUAACAAUGCGUAUGCUUGUAUUGCUAAGGCAUUGGAAGUUGAUGAAAAUAAAGGCUCUACGCUACAGACCAAAAAGAGAGUUGUGGAUUUAUAUAGAAGAGGAAUAAAGGAACUUGAAGAUGCACUUGCCAUUGACUUAACUGGGAAAGGAGAGGAUUGGGAUAAAGCUAGAAGGCUACAGGACAAGAUGGAGACUACACAUGAAAGUGCGCGUGAUAGAAUGGAUGAAUUAGUGGCACACUUGCUCUCGGCAGACAUGAUGGAUGACCCAAGCCCAUCAACUAGAAGACCACAAACUGCACCUUCCAGUGUGAAAACCACAGUUAUUAAGAAAACAAGAAGAAACAAGGCAGUGAAUCCUAACAGUAACAAUGAUAAUUCCAAUGCAAGAAGCUCAUCUUCGGGGACUUCAAUAACAUCAUCUUCUUCUAACAGUUCUGAGUUAUCUUCAACUUCAAAUGCAAGAAUUAGAACUACUGCAGGUGGGCCAGCAGCACAAAGAAAGUACAACUCCCAGCCAUAUCGUGCACCAAGAGCAAGAGCAAGAAGUGCUGCUGAUCACACCAAGCAAAGUAGAAUCACUGAACAGAAGAAAAAGAUAUCAUAUUUGAAAGGAAUUGAGUCAAAACUAGCCAACAUUAUUAUGGAUGAAAUUCUUGAAAGUGGUCCUACAGUACGCUUUGAUGAUAUUGCUGGUGUUGAUGUUGCUAAGAAAGCUCUAAGAGAAAUUGUCAUCUUGCCAUCUCUCAGACCAGAGCUUUUUACUGGUUUGAGGGCUCCAGCAAGGGGUCUCUUACUUUUUGGUCCCCCAGGAAAUGGAAAGACAAUGCUGGCAAAAGCUGUUGCAAGUGAAGCACAAGCCACAUUUUUUAACAUCAGUGCUGCAACUCUUACAUCUAAAUGGGUUGGUGAAGGAGAGAAACUAGUGCGAGCUUUAUUUGCUGUCGCAAGAGAAUUACAACCAAGCAUUAUAUUUAUUGAUGAAAUCGACUCACUUUUGACUGAACGAAGAGAAGGGGAACAAGAACACAGUAGAAGACUUAAAACUGAAUUGCUUGUUUCCUUUGAUGGGGUGAUAGGUGAUCCAGAUGAACGUAUUUUAGUCAUGGGAGCCACAAAUCGUCCUCAAGAACUAGACGACGCAGCUUUAAGACGACUUGUCAAGCGAGUGUAUGUUCCUCUUCCUGAUCGAGAGACGAGAAAAAUUCUGCUGUCAAAACUUCUCGCUAAGCAUCAAAACCCACUCAGUUCCUACGAACUGGACAGACUUGCGGCAAUGACCGAGGGGUAUUCUGGGAGUGACUUGACUGCCCUUGCUAAGGAAGCAGCUCUCGAGCCCAUUCGAGGUUUAAAGCCAGACGAUCUGUCGUCUAUGGAUGUACGUGAAGUCAGGAACAUAACAUUCCAAGAUUUCCAGCAUUCUCUUCGUACUAUACGAGUAAGCGUGUCCCCAGAAUCUAUUAGAAGUUACGAACAAUGGAACGCUACCUACGGGUGUAACGCAUGAUUCUCUACACCAAAAGGUGAACUUUCCCUACCUGCAAUAUGCUUAGAUAUUACAUAUAGCUGGGCGCAUUUUUAGUAGAGUGACUAUGCUUGUCCCGUGAAACAAAUUUAGAUAAUUAGUAUUUUUCCACGAGCCAAGUACAAAUCACUCUACUAGAAUCUCUGACAGUAUGUUACUGAUCUAGAAUGGUAAGGUGGGCACGACAAACAAUACAAAAUUUCUAAAAAAAAACAACAAAAAUAUAAAAUACAAAAUUCCUUUCGUGUUCCGGGUAUUUGAUUGGAUGGAAAGAAAAUUCUCGUGCAGUGUGAUUGGUCUGGCGUAUCCCUUGCCGUGCCACGACCGUGUUCGUGCCGUGAGCUUUUCACAGUCAUAAGAAAACCACUAAUGCUAAUUGAAGCACAGGGAGCCUGGCUUUGGAAUUUGUACAUGAAUAAAUCAAUCAAUAAAGUGCUUUGGGUUUCCUGUGUUGAGAUUUGAAAUUAGACGCUGAUACGUUGAAUUUCUGGUAAUCGUAUUACCAGUAACUUGAUAGCAGAUUAGCGUAACGUAUCGGUGUAACACACGCCCUCCCAUUAAUUUACUGGUAGUACGAUUACCGGAAUUUCAACGUAUCAGCGUCUUGUUUCAAAUCUCAACACAGGAAACCCAAAGCAGUUAUGAAUUGUAAUUCGUGUAGUCGAAAAAACUCAUACAAAUAUAGUAUACAAACCCAUCAAAUAUGAUUUUUUAUUUAUUAGUAAUACCAAUUCCUUUUUUGAUCGUGUGAAAAUAAACAAGUACAUAAAAUAGAAUUAGCUAAUUCGUAAUCAAUCAUUCUAGUGCGCUGAGCCGGUGCCGAGUGCGCUGAGUCAGUGAUAUGAUAAGUAUUUUCGUGCUUGGCACGUUAUGUUUUAGUUAUAUGUUUGUAUUUAUAUGAUAGUUCGUACAAUCUAAACACUAUACUUCUAAAGAUUUGAAUUAUGUUUCUUCAAGCUAAUUAUUCUCGGGGAAAAACUCCGAGCUCCAGGCGGGAGCUCUUUUAAGUUCUACAUCAACGAUCAUGAUAAUAAUUGUUUGGACUACAUGAGUGUAUGUGACCUUGAAAUGAUAUAGACUUUUCUAACAGCUUGGGCAAUUAUUUACGUCUCUACCAUUGCAAGGUCACCAACAUUCUCGUUUCUAUGCACAAGUAAGGUUAUUUUUAGAGAUUGCGCAAGUACCUGUGAAAGGGACUAUUCAGAUGGAUUGAAAAAAGUAUUGCAGUGCUUGGCCACGAGUCCCAACCCCGUUCCCAUUUAUAAAUGUAUUUUCUGUACAGAUAUUCAGUAUUUCAGUUUUGUAGAAAUCAUCAUAUAAAUCGAGUAGACGAAGACCCUAUCCGUGAUAUUUCAAAUGAUACCUGGAAUAGCCCAGGCUGAUAAAAAAAGUUAGGAGAAAAGUAGAGUAAAAAAUAAUUCCCAUUUGA